AUGAAAAAUAUAGGAGGGCUGGUGUAUCGAGCAAUCCGCUCUAGCAAUAAUAACAAUAUACUGUUAUCAAAACCCUACAAAUCAAAUGGCGCUGCACGAGGAUUGUGCGUAUAUCUUGUAUCCCAUCGACUACCUUUUUCUUCUUCUUCUUCUUCUUCAAGAAAUCAGCCCGAUUUAGCCUCGUUGAAAUCUUCUUUACGCCCCUUUCAAUGGAAUCAUUUCCAAGGGCAGAGAAGGACCAUGUUUAUCCAGACGCAAUCAACUCCUAAUCCCUCAUCACUUAUGUUUUAUCCUGGAAAGCCUGUUAUGGAGGCGGGGAGCGCGGACUUUCCAAAUGCACGUUCUGCUAUGAAUUCUGCACUGGCGAAAGCCCUCUUCGGAAUAGAUGGAAUUACUAGGGUUUUUUUCGGAUCAGAUUUUGUAACCGUGACUAGGUCAGAAGACACUUCAUGGGAUUUUCUAAAACCCGAAAUCUUUGCAGCAAUAAUGGAUUUUUAUUCCUCGGGGCAGCCAUUAUUCCUUGAUUCAAAUACUGCAGCUUCCAUGGACACAGCUAUCCAUGAAGAUGAUUCAGAGACUGUUGCAAUGAUCAAAGAACUGUUGGAGACUCGUAUCCGUCCAGCAGUACAAGAUGAUGGUGGGGACAUCGAGUAUCGAGAAUUCAAUCCAGACACGGGAAUAGUUAAACUAAGGAUGCAAGGAGCAUGCAGUGGCUGCCCUAGCUCGUCCGUUACUCUGAAAUCUGGCAUCGAGAACAUGCUAAUGCAUUAUGUACCCGAAGUCAAAGGUGUCGAGCAGGAAUUCGAUGCUGAAGAUGAAGAUCCAUCGUUAAUUGGAUCGGCUCACGAGUAA